CCUCUCUCUCUUCUCUCUCUCUCUCUCACUCACUCUCUCUCUCCCUCUCCCUCUCCUCUCUCUCCUUCCUCCUCCGCCUCCUCAGCUCUUGGGCUAGAAUAUCUAUGGGUCGAAACGUGAUGCGAUGAAUUCGAGAGAGAGCGAAACUAGGACGAGGAGUGCGGCGGAAGCGGCGGGACUCCUGGGCAUGGGGGCGUCACCACAAUAGAGGCAGCGCCCCCACCCGCCCCCGCCAGCCCCUCCGGAGCGAAGCCCCCAAACCCCCUCGGGAGAAGGAUGGCGGCGGCACCUACCCAGAUCGAAGCCGAGCUGUAUUACCUGAUCGCUAGGUUCUUGCAGCCUGGACCCUGCAACAAAUCCGCUCAGGUGCUAGUGCAGGAGCUCGAGGAGCAUCAGCUGAUUCCGUGCCGCUUAGAUUGGGAGGGGAAAGAGCACCGAAGAAGCUUCGAGGAUCUGGUGGCAGCAAAUGCACACAUUCCUCCAGACUACCUCCUUAAAAUUUGUGAGAGAAUUGGUCCUUUACUAGAUAAAGAGAUCCCUCAGAGUGUUCCUAGGGUACAGACAUUAUUAGGUGUUGGUCGGCAGUCUCUGCUACGGGAUGCCAAAGACUGUAAGAGUACACUAUGGAAUGGGUCUGCUUUUGCGGCUCUGCAUAGAGGCAGAUCUCCAGAACUACCUGUAAAUUAUGUGAAACCUCCAAAUGUGGGCUGGAGGAGAGCAGGCAUCGCCAGCUCCCUCACAGUGGGCCACCUUUUUAUCCGUGUUUCAACCAACCAACCAAACAGAUUGUUAGUGCCUUUCCUAACUCCCCAAGCUGCAACAUUAAAUGCAGAAUCUCUGCUUAGUGGGCCCAAGUAA